AUGGAAUAUCAUCGUGUGUGUAUUGUUGGUGGUGGUGGAUAUUUUGGACAGCAUAUUGCUCGAGAAUUACAGGAACAAAGCUUUCAUACUGUAAUAUUGGACAUUAAUUUUUGUGAUAUACCAGUGGUGAAACUAAAUGAAUCACUUACAACUCGAAUAAAAGGUUCAUUAUUGGAUGCAAAUGUAUUGGAUCAAGCGUUACGUGGUUGUGUUGCAUGCUUUCAUAUUGCUGCUUAUGGUAUGAGUGGUGGUGCUUCCUUGGAUAAAGAAAUGAUAUACUUAAUUAAUGUUACUGGCACUAAACAAGUAUUAGAACAUUGUCGCAUUAAUGGUGUAAAAAGGUUUAUUUUUGCAAGUUCUGUAGCUGUCAUUUUUACCGAUGAGGAACUACAUGACGCUGAUGAAUUAACUCCAUAUCCACAUCCAUCCAAGUAUUAUUCAUACUAUGCAGCAUCUAAAGCAGUAGCUGAGAAAUUUGUAGUAAAUAGUAACUGCGACACAUUAAAAACGUGUGCUCUCCGAUACCGUGGAAUAUACGGUCCGGCAGAACCACGAACCGUAAAAAGAACAGUGGACAUGUGCAAACGUGGUUUACUCAUUGCAACUUUUCCUAAAUUCCACGAAACUACCACUCAGUAUAGUGGAAUUGGAAAUAGUACUAGAGCUAUGAGAUUAGCUGAAGAUGCCUUACGAAGAGGUAUUGCAUGUGGCAAAGUGUAUAACAUUGUUGAUGGUGGUCCACCUGUUGGAUCAUUUAGUUUUUGGUUCCCACUUAUUAGAGCAUUUAACAAACCACUUCCCAUGUUCAAAAUACCAUAUACAUUAGUGAUAUGCUUGGCUAUAUUAUUCGAAUACCUCUAUCGCUAUUUUGGUCUAGAACCAUUAUUUACCAGACUUGAAGUGAAUCUUGUAUCAAUUACCAAUACUUAUUCUAUUAGACAAGCUCAACAUGAUCUCGGCUAUAAGCCAAUUCAAAAUCAUGAUCUUAAUGACGUGAUACGUUAUUAUCAAAUAGCCAACAAUAAUAACAAUCGAAAAAAUGAAAAUGAUAACAAAAUUGUAAUUUCAACAAUAUCAUCCGAAAAGAAACAUUUAAAUUUUGUUCUGUUAAAUGGUAUCAGUUUCAUCUUACUUAUGCUAAUUGUAUUCCUUUUUUGGAUUGCUAGUGCAUUAUUUUUAUAA